AUGUUCUUGACUGCAAAAAUACUUGUUUUCAUUGUGAGCAUUUUCCCAAGAGUGGCAACAGGCUUUGACAUUGGAUUAUCCACAAAAUGUGUAGUGAUACCUAAGGAGAUGGACAUGUGCCACGAAAUUGGAUACUCCGAAAUGAGGCUUCCCAACCUGAUGGGACACACAAGCAUGGCAGAGGUUAUCCUAAAAUCUACCACCUGGCAGCACCUUGCGCAAACGGACUGUCACCCUCACGUGAGGACGUUCCUGUGCUCCUUGUUUGCACCCAUCUGUUUAGAUACGUUUAUCCAUCCUUGUAGGAGCAUGUGUGUGGCUGUCCGUGACAGCUGUGCCCCCGUGCUCGCCUGCCAUGGACACCCCUGGCCUGACAGCCUGGACUGCGAUCGCUUCCCUGCAGACGAGGACAUGUGCCUGGCAUCUCUUACAAUGGAACAUAAAUACAAAGUCCUUCCAAAGCCUGCCUGCCAGACCUGCCCAGCAGUGGAGGAAUUCUUUACGCACAAAAGAGUUCUUGAAGUUUUCUGUGCCAGUAACUUUGCAGUGAAAGUAAAGCUCUCCAAGAAGAGAACACUAUUUGGUCACCAAGAGUAUAACAUUGAUUGCCAAGUGGAAUUCACUACCCAAGGCUCACUCUUGCCUUACGAAACUCAGAGUAUGAUACAGCAGUGGCUGCUUAUCAAUGAAAACUGUACGCAGAGGAUGGCUCCCACCCAUCAUCCCAUGGUGUAUCUCCUUGUGGGGAACAUUGAGGAGGGCAUCGUUUUAGUUAACCAGGUUUAUCGUUGGCAGAGGAGGGACUCCCAGCUGACUUUGGCCACUCAGAAGUGGAGAUACCACAAAUGCUUGUAA